CCAGCAAGCUCUUAGCAUCUCUCUCUCUGCUUAUACUGGUGGUGGCAACACUGACUUUACACGCGACCACGAAUCGCACGUCGUUUCACAUUUCACAAAUUUAGUCCUCAAAGUCAAAAUAUUUUCGAAUAAAAAAACCUGAAGCAAAAACGAAAAAAAAAAACAAGAACUUUUGACUCAAAAAUCAUAAUUAAAAAUCGUGUUUUAGUUUCCCAACGUGGUCCCCGACAAAUGUUUUCCAAAAAUCCUUAAAAUAAUUGUCAAUCUCAAUUGAAUUGGAUUCAGAAUGCUAUGAUUAAAUAAAUAAUCAAUUUUUCUCGUAUAGUACAAAAGAAAUUGUCAAUCGAAAAUAACAAAUGAUGAUAAUUGACAGAAAGUGGACGGACUGGUGCACGCACUGGUCCGAUCGCUACCAUCAUCAUCAUGAUAAUCAUAAUAUUUCAAUUUAAUGCGAUAUCUUCCUUUAAUUUCACACUUUUAUUUUCUCCCUCUCUUCCCUUCUUUCUUUCACUUUUCACUAAAGAAGAGAAAAAAAAAUUUUUUCUCCUACCCUUUUGUUUAAAAAAAACCUAAAGUGUCCGGGAAGAUGUGAUUUUGCCUUUUUGUCACCGCUAAUGAAGAAUAAUCGGGUGUCGUGCUGGUAUCUCAGUGUAUCAAAAGGCGGGUGCGGAAAUUUGUUGCAUUCAACGUGUGUGGUGGUGCAGCAGCAGCAGCAGCAGCAACAGCAGCAGCGGAAGGAGAGGAAGCGGGAGAAAAGGAAGGCACGUAGAAAGUGGACCAAAAGGGGAAUUUUGUGUUGUUGUGUGUAUGUAUUAUUUGAGAAUAAGGACUCGCCAGAGUGCAAAUCAAGAAAGGUGGGAAUUCACCUUUCAAAUUUCACUUUUCAAAAAAAAAAAAAAUUCCGAGAAAGAAAAGACUGAGAGAGAGAAAGAAAAAAAUCAAGUAAAACGAAAGACUGCCCAACGGAUUGUGAUUUUCAACAUUCGAGGAAAGAAGAUAAAUUUUGUUUAGUGAGAAAAAAAUCUAUUUUUUUAUGUGCCUUUUUUUUGCAAAGUGAAAACAGUGGAAAAAAUAAGAAUGACGCUCGUUGAUUAAAAAAUUUGGGUGCAUUUUUCGGUAAUUUUUUUUUUUUUUUUUUGGGGAAAAUCACGUUCAAAAGGAGGAAGCAAUUCUCCGGGAACAGUGGACAGCUUGAGGAAAAAUGAUCACGAGGGUGCUGCUACUCUCGCUGGUCCUGCUCGGGGCCUUCGACGCACCAAAUAUUGAGGGAAAAUUAUCCAAGAAAAUGGUUCACGCAAGUAGUGGUUGUAAUGCUUGUCGAAUGCAUGAGGAGAUUAGGGCUUUGAGCCUUGAGGCGAUAAAGGAGCAAAUUUUGAAUAAAUUGGGCUUGAAACAAGCGCCAAAUAUGACUGGUAGGGCAUUGCCGAGAAUACCGCCAAUAUCAAAAUUGAUGGACAUGUAUGGAGUGCAGGCGGACCAACCACUAGAGCCGGGAAUUACCCAUCAUGAGGAGAUUGACGAGUUUGCCGCUAAAACGGAAAGCGUCUUUGCCUUGGCGCAACCUCAUCAGAGGCUGAGGCAUUCGAAGGGCAGCCUGGACGUGCUUUACUUUAAAUUUUCGGAUAAAGUAAUUCAGCAUCGAGUGACAAGGGCGGAACUCUCAUUGUGGAUAUACGGUACCACUGAGCCAAGAGAAGACUGCGAGGCGGAAAUCGAUUUGGAUAUGGAUAUUCCAGUGACGAUAACACUCCAAAGAAUUCUUCGUGGUGCAACAGAGACGGGUGGUCCAUUAUUGGGUCCGCCAUUAACGACAAAAUACUCGCGACCAAUUGGCAGACGUGGCAAAUGGGUGACAAUUGAACUCAGACGCAUGGUCGCCGAAUGGUUUAAGCAUCCGAGGGAUAAUCUUGGUGUGGCCUUGAAAAUUGGUGGCGGUGGCGGCAAUCACAGGAGGAAUUAUAAACCGGUUGAAACAAAUCCUGCCGCGGAAAAUGCCCCCUAUCUGGAAGUUCAAACACAGGAGCUGGACUCGAGAAGGGGUGGCAGAAUCAAGAGGAAUGUUGGUCUCAAUUGCGACGAAGCCAGUCAAGAAUCAAGGUGUUGUCGUUAUAAGCUCACCGUUGACUUUGAGAAAUUCGGCUGGGAUUGGAUAAUCGCGCCUAAAAAGUACGAUGCAAACUAUUGUUCGGGUGACUGUCCAAUGGCAUUUUUGCCUGCCUAUCCAAACACGCACAUAGUGAGCCUUGCGGAGCCUCCAAACAACACGGGACCAUGUUGUGCGCCGAGGAAGCUCUCUGAAAUCACAAUGCUUUACUUCGAUAAUGAGUAUCAAAUUGUUUUUUCACGAUUGCCAGGAAUGGUAGUCGAGCGCUGUGGCUGCUCAUAGUCUCUUUUGAUCACUCUACCGACGACAACAAUUUUUUUUACAAUCCCCCCACUUUCAAACAUAAUCAUCUCAUAUUUUUCAACAAUUUUUCAAUUUUUUAUAUAUUUCUACAUCGUCAAAAUGUAAUUUAAGUUGGCAAAAUUUAUUCAUUCUCUCUAAAAAGUUUAAAAAAUUUAUGCCUAAUUCAGUAACAGUUUAUGAAAAAAUUUUUUUUUAAUCAUAUAAAUUUUUCAUAAUGUAAAAAAGAUUGUAUUUGAAAACUAAACAUAUCGUCGUGUGCAUUAUAUACAUAUAUAUAGAUAUAUAUACAUAAAGGAGCAUAUUUUCUAAAUUUCAUAUCGACAUGAUAAUUUUUUAAAAAAAAUAAUAAUUGCCAUCUUGUUGAAAAUCAUAUCAUUCAUUGUACAACUUCUUUCAGUAACGAAUUACUGGGAGUAACUUGUCUGUAAGUACCUCAAAUACAAGUAUAAGCGCAGCUGUGAAUCAAGAAGCACAUCGACGGGGUGGAUCGCGUUGUCGCUUUUUGUCGCAUCGACCUUUCAUUUUAUCGAUAGACUGAAGUGCCUUGUGGGUAUGGGUGCCGCGAUAAAUCGAAUCGACUCGAAGUUACGAUCUGUACACGUACAAGUUAAAUUAUGAGGGAAACCGGUACAUAAACUGACGACAAAAUUUAUUGAAACUGUCCUUUCUUUUCGUAUACUCUUUUUUUUUUCUUUUUUUUUUGGGUUCGUGAAAACCAAACUUUUCCUAACGUUAUACAAUCAAAAUUUAUCAGGGAACAAAAAUACAAUAUUUUAGAGAAAAAUUUAUAGAAAUAGAGGUUUUAAGAAAAGUAAAAUUUUGAAUUUUUACGAGGCUUUUCAUAUUAAUUUUCUGUACUUAUUUAACAAACGUAUUUUCGAUAAAAAAAAAAAAAUUUAACCACUGUCUUCCAGUUUAAUAAAGUUUUCCAGAUACGGACUUUUUCGGUACGUACUCACCAUAUUUAGAAAAAUAUUUUUGUAGAAUAAAAAAUAAUUAUAACUCAGAAAUUCACCUGAAUAAAUUGACUACUGUCACUUAGUUUGCGGAAUUAAAUUACAAUUAGUAAUUUUGUUAAGACUGUCCGCUAUAGAACCAUCAGCGUCGUAUGAACGAAAAAGCUUAACUAAAUGCAGGGUUGCCACAGGUCAGGAAAAUCAGGGAAUUUUUUAAUAUUAUUUUAUUAUUUCAAAAGUUUUAAUGCAAUUAUCUUGAUAAAUAACAAGAUUC